AUGUUCAUCAAAUCAUUCAUUCUUUUUGUAGUUCCGGUUUUAUUUUAUUCAAGCAAUGCAGAAACAACAGUGGCAAAAUCUGGUGGAAUCAAAACCACCACAGCUAAAUUAUCACAACAACAAAUGUCACGAAUAUUACCGGAAUCACCAGCUACAUCGCCGACAACUGUACCGGAUAAUUUUCGUGAUUCAUUACGUUUUAAAAUGAAAUUAGUCAAUGAUGCUAUGCUUUAUGGUGGUAGUAAUUAUGCUACGGCUACCGCAACAACUGCAUCACCUGGAAUACCGGAAUUGGAUGAAGCUCUGUCCAUAUCUAGUGCUGAACUUGGUGCCAGUAAAGAGGUUAAUGUCGAAGAUACAAUGCGAUCAAUUCUUGAUGCCGACCAUAUUACCAGCCGACCAUUGGAACCGGUUCAUCGCCGUUUUUCUAGCCGAAUUACCACAGGUGUUAAAAAUCGUCAUGGCGCCGCAUUCACUGGUGAUCAACGACGUUUCAAAGCGGCAGUACGUACAAAACAUACAUUUGAAUAUCGACCGGUGAAAAUUGAACAAUUUCGUGAACAACCGGAACCGAAAAUAAUUGAAGUUGAAGCACGAUCAUUGCCGUUAGAAAUUCAUUUCAAAUCUGCAUCAUCGCGAAUUAAAAUGGUGCAAGAACAUCAAAAAGGUGAAUUACAACAAGAAGAACGUACCCAAUCACAAGAGGAACCACAACGAUUAUUCCAUGUGGUACGGAAACCAAUCAUACAGGAAGUACGAGAAAUCAUUACACCAUAUAGACGUAUUUUACAGGAAAUACAACCUGUUAUUGAAGAAAUCCAUACGGUAAUAUCACAUGGUGGCCAACAACAUCGUCAUGAAGAUGAACAACAAUUAAUCGGAACUGAUGCCACAGUAAUUGGACGACCAACUAGUGUGGAAACAGAAGAAGAAUCAUCGGAAAUAGAUAAAUUUCAAAGACAAACAUUGAAACCAUCCACCAGCACUACCACAUCAGUUACUACUGUUGCUACUACAAGACCGAAAAUUGAAUCAUCUGCUAAUUUGAUGAAAAAUCUUGAAAGUUUUGUCCGUGCCCAGCAACAAUCAUCAACUACUAGUUCCGCCGGUUCGAGCCAUCGAUCCACAUCAGCAACGCCAAGAAGAUUAGUGCAACAAACACCAAUUUCAUAUGAUUCAUCAUCAUAUGAUACAUCGGAAUUUGAAAGAUCACAAGUUUCAAGCCAUGGCAUUUCAGAUUCGGACAUUCAACAGAUUGCACCAGCAAGACAAAUAUUUCAACAGCAACAAAUUCAACGUCGUCAUGCACCAUUAUUGUCAUUUCGUCAUGCAGUAGCUGCAUCAAAUCAAAAUUAUCAUUCAAUAAGACCACAACACCAGCAACAACAACAACACAACAACAACGACAACAACAAUAAUAAUCGAUACUAA